CCAGCCUCCUCACACUCAGGAGCUGGACCCAGAGCCACACCGCCAGGAGGGCUGAGCCCCCUCCGCACUGUGCGGCAAAGCUGAUGGAGGUCUCCGGGGGGAGCAGUCACAGUCCCAAACAGGCCCCGGCAGGCCUCCUCACCCACCACUGUGUGGAACCAGACCAGGAGCUUGAGAACCUCCAGCUGGACCCCUUUCCCUAUUGGCAGGUGGGGAGGGGGAGGCACAGGGAGGAGAGAGUCACCCUCCCCCCUUGGGCAUCUCCUUGCCCCCAGGCCCUCAGAUUACACCUGCCCCUGCAGGAGGCCUAUCCGGAUAGGGGGCUUCUGAGCAAGUGCCCUGGCCCGUGGCCAGACACCCAUGUGUGCGUUGCCCUCCCAGGCCGCCUGCUUGCCGGGGGCCUCCCUAACCGUGGGCUCAGUGAGCCUCCUGCCCCUGGUUGCUGGGGGCAGGACUCCUGGUCCAGGUCUCAGGAACCCGCGCCACCUGCAACUGCCUUGCAGGCAUUAGGCUGCGAAGCAGAGGGAUUCCCUGGCCCCAGGUUCCUGGGUCCCACCCCCGGGGUCCCCUUGGUGAGGAAGAGCUGCCUUGAACCCCUGGCUUUCAGCCCAGGUGGGUAGGGGGGCUUUUCUAGUGCCAGAGCCCCUGUCCCACCCCAAGGCCCCGCCUACCCGGCUGCUAAGGAAGUAGCUCCCCAACAGACAGGCCACUGUGACCCCUUUGCCUCUUCCCCUUUAAUAAGGGGGCUCCCUAGCAACAGAACUUAGAACUUUGAGGGCUGGGUGGGGUUGAGCUGGUCGCUGGAGUCUUUCUCCACAGAGGCCCAGUGCACUGAGGACGUGACAUGGCGGGCUCGGGGGUCCCAGCUUUGAGCCUUUUCCUGCUGAUGCAGGGUGCAGUAGACGGGAAUGGAAUCCAGGGGUUCUUCUACCCAUGGAGCUGUGAGGGAGAGGUCGGGGACUGGGAGAGCUGUGGGGGCCAGGCGGCACUCGAGAACCCCAGUCUCUGCCUGCGUCUCCGAUGCUGCUAUCGUGAUGGGGUCUGCUUUCACCAGCGGCCGGACGAAACUAUGCGGAGGAAACACUUGUGGGCCCUGGGCUGGACCUGCGGAGGCGUCCUCUUCCUGACCGCCAGCAUCUGCUUGUUCUGGCGAGUGGGGUUGGGGCUUGGGUGGCUCCUGUGCCCCCAGGUGAGCAGGCUGAUGGGAAAGGCUGAGCAUGUCCCCCCCACCAGGUGGGCCAAGCGGCGCUACGCGCUGCACCUUCCAGGGUUCCUGCAGGGCAAGUGCACCCUGUCCAGAGCGGUCUCUCUGUUGCCCAAGGACCCGAACACUCUGAGUGAAAAAAAGAUGGCAUCUGUGGGCAGCAUGCCAGCCUCCCUGUCUGCAGAGGGGAUCCUGGAUGGCUCAGGGGCCACCGAAGGGGGCGAAGAAAUGGGAGAUGGGGAGGAUGAAGAUUAGAGGCACCCCUGGAGGGACCCCUCAAUACACAUAUAGCAUAUAGAUGCCUGGUCUCUUUUCUGAGAACCUCAGGAGAAGGAGGCGGAUGUGCCAGGGGACAUGGAGUGUGCGUGUGUGUGUUUGGGAGCAGCCAGUUGGGUGGCAGCUGGACCACGGGGAGGGUGUGAGCUGAGGGGUGUCCAGAAUGAGAGGGAUCCCACGGUAAGUGGGGAGGACUUGAGCUGAGGGGGACCUGGGCUGUGAUCACAGGGCAUGUGAAAUGGGAGAGUUGGGGCUAAGUGGGGGUUGCCUGUGCUGGCUCCUGGGGCACCUCCACCGGUCUGGGGGGGCAUGUUACAGCUACAGAAAUGUGCCCCCCAGCUCUCUUGCCUGAGUGCCGCUGUCUGCAGCCCACCCCAGGGAUCCCGCCCCCUCCACCAGCAUUUGCCUGCUUCUCACCAAUGGUGCAGUGGCAGGGCCUCUGCAGGAUGCAGGCCUCCCCCAGGGCAGGACUUAAGCUCUCAGACUCCCCAGAAGCCAGCCAGACUUUUCUUGGAAGUUCAAGACUCAUCCCGCCUUCCAGUCUUUCCUCUCAUCCCUCCCCUUUCUCAGGUGUCAGACCCACACCAAUCUACCCUAUUAUUAGGCCCUCAGUAAAUGUAUUGCAAGUUUAAUUUGUCCCUCUGUCUGCUGCUCAGAGGACCCCCAAACUAACAGAGGAUGCUCAGAGGACCCCCAAACUAACAGAGGAUCCUGGGCUGAAGGGUGGGUCUGGGCUCAAGAUCUUUGCCCCUGUCCCCACCUCAUCCCCCUGUGGGGGGCCAGCA